AUGCCAGCUCUGCCCAGUAGCGUAGAGCCCCCGCAGCGGAAGCCGCUGUACCAAAUACUAGCCGAGAAAUGCAAAGAGCAGCCCCUUGUGCCAUUGGGUGUCGUACUGACGUGCGGCGCCCUCUAUCUGUCUGGCCGGGCAUUGAGGGCCCGAGACUCCCGUCUGGCCAACCGGAUGUUCUUUUGGCGCGUGGGAUUCCAGGCAUUCACGGUUGUUGCACUAGUCGGAGGAGGAUUCUACUAUGAUGAGAAGCGCCGCGAGAAGAAGUCGCAGCGGGAACAGCUUAUUGAAAAGGCCAAAGAGCGAGAAAAGCUUUGGAUCGAGGAGCUGGAGCGUAUCGAAGAGGAGGCGAAGCGCCGCAAGGAGAAGGCCGACGAUCUCAAGAAACGCCUCAAGGAAAUUGAAGACCAGAAGAAGUGA